AUGCCCCUUCCUCCGCCCCCAUUCCGGGUCCCGACGCUCCUGAUGCCCCUUGAAACGAUGACUGAGCAAGACGAGCACCCCGUAUAUCCUCAGUACUGCUUCCACCUCUCUCCCACCAUCAACAGGUUCUGCUCUCUGAGGUCCGGCGACAUCCAAAACCUGACCACACACCCAGGCUUCGCAGGACAAGACGUCUUCUUCCACAGAAACCUCCCUCUACGAUGGGUCCGCAUCGCUGGCAUGGUUGUUGCCGUCGACGAGUUCGCCCACCGCCGUGUUUACACCGUUGAUGACAGCGACGGUCUGUGCAUUGAAUGCGUCGCAGACUUACCGAAACCCAACUCGAACGACUCCGCGAGCGCCGCUAUCACAACCCUUCCAAAAGAUGUCGACGUCGGCACUGUCGUUGACGUUAAGGGUGGCUUGACCUUAUUUAGAGGUAACAAGCAGGUCAAGAUCGAGAAGAUGACGAUCCUUCGCUCGACAGACGAGGAGGUGGCCUUGUGGGAGAAAGCCACGCAGUUCCGUGUUGACGUGCUGGACAAGCCUUGGAAGCUAACGGAAAGGGAAAUCAGGAGAUGUCGCAAGGAGGCAGAGAGGCAAGACUGA